UCACACCAAUGAGCAUGCCGCGUGUAGCUUCCACUCUCUGGCAUCAGAAACACUAGACAUCUUCAGCUCUGCAGAUUCAUACAAAUACACAGCAGCGUUGGCUAGACGGAGGCUGAAUUUUGCCAAAACACACGUUGCAGUGAUAAAUAAGAAGGGGAGAAAGAGUCCAGCGUCUCUCGCACACAGCAGGCUCAAGCAGGACCAGCACCAUGAAAACCCGAUUAGGCUGCCUGUCCAACAAAUCUGACUCCUACAGCGACUUCUCUGAGUUCUUGCCUCCUGCUCACGAAACCACUGCCAGGUGUCUGAAAGUAUCAACGGAUGAGGUCGUUCGAUGGUCAGAAUCGUUUGACAACCUCCUGUCUCACAAAUAUGGCCUGGCUGCCUUCCGGACAUUUCUCAAGUCAGAGUUCAGUGACGAGAAUAUUGAGUUCUGGAUGGCUUGCGAGGAGUACAAAAAAAUCAAGAGCUCAACCAAGCUUGUGUCCAAAGCAAACAAGAUCUUUCAGGAGUUCAUUGAUAUCCAGGCACCCAGAGAGGUAAACAUCGACUACCGCACCAGGGAAAAGACCAAGCAGAGCCUGGAGGAUCCAUCCCCAACCAGCCUCAACGAGGUCCAAGGCAAAGUCUAUGGCCUCAUGGAGAAAGACUCCUACCCACGAUUCCUCAGGUCCAAGAUGUACCAGGAUAUGGUAAACCGGGCGAAUGCUCAUGGUCAGAGGAGGUCCGUUUGACUGAAACUCAUGAAAAUCACAACUGACAUCUAACUGGACCUACACUGUAAAUCACUAGUUAACCCUUUGACAUGAUCUCUGAAUACUGUGAAUCUGCAAGGAGGGGGCAACGUGCUUGACUGUUUCCUUUGUCCACACUAGCUCCAUGCAUGCAAUCCCUCUAGAAACAAAGUGUCUUUGUGGACUACACUCUUCACCGCACAAGAGAUUUGAUGAAGAUAAGCUGAAUUUUUCAGCUCCAGUUAGUGCUGGUUGAUAAAUAUGAUAGCUUGAAGGCCACUACUUUUUUUUAAAUCACAAUAUGCACUAAUUUAGGAGAAAUCAGACAUUUGUCAUGACGUUCGUAUGAUUGAAGAACACUAAUCUGACAGACUUAAACAGAGCAAGCAACAAUGGAAAGCUACAACCAACUUUUAAUAUAAUAUUGUUUUGUUGAAGUAUAAAAUAUUUAGAGAUGAUAUAUUGAGAUGCAGCUGAGAACUGAGGGCUGUUUUCAGUUUAAUGCAUUUCUAAUUCAUAUUGUAUGGAACACAGUAAAAUUCCACCUUUUAAACAAUAGAGAUGUUUAAAAUGUAUUGGUUUGAACAGCCAAUGUUUGUAAAAAAAAUUAUAAUAUUGCGGCAUUAAAAUUAGGUUGCUGUGAUCAUUUUUUUAAUCUGGAAAGAAAUAUGUAGAGACAUCAAUAUCUUUAAGGCUUUGUCACCCAGCACUAACAUUACUUAUCAUCUUCUUUAGGAAAUAGACACCGUUGUACGCAGGUGACUAGAUCUAUAGGGUAGUUUUGUGUUUACAUUGAACAAUGACGUGAGACAACACCUGAAACUGUGCCAAAUUUAGAUUGCAUUUAGACAUUAAUGUAACCUGUGUAUUGUAAACUCUUGCAGGUAUUCUAUGUGUAUGAGUAUAAUCGGGGUUGGGAUACGUUGUUUCCAAUUCACUGCUAUUCAGCGUGCAGAUAUAUGCUGUCAUCUUGAUGGUUCAUUUAAAAAUGACUACUUUCCUAAAAGUUUAGAAGUGACAAAGUAACGAGUAAGUACUUUGCUAAAAUGGAAAUUGUAGUUUAUUACAUCGUUCAUUUGCUACAAUUGAAAACCUAUAUUAGCCUCGUCAUAGUGGUGAAUUGAAGUAAAUGCCCCGAUCCCCAAGUAGUCUGUUCAAAAAUGUGUUGUGCAAAUUUCCUAAAUUUCAGCAUGAUGCAAUAAUACAAAAUAAAUAUUUAGAUAUUGUUCAACGUGUACAGUAUAUAACGAAAAUGUCUGCAAAAAAUGUCAGUAACAUGACAAUGUGUUUUUAAAUGUGCUCCCUCAGCAUUUGCACUCCUUUUUAAAAUAAGAAUUUGAAACAAUUUCAGGGAAGACAAAUAUUUUUAUUUAUUGCAUGUGCACUAUAAAAGGCCAAAUUGUUGGAUCUGCCUACAUGGUAUGGUACUGUGUCCCACAUGAAUGUAACCUCCCCACUAUAUUUUGCAAUUAAAAAAUGAAUCUGCAUCUA